AUGCAUGCAGCGGCCGCGAGCGACGACGAGCUCGGCCGAGGGCUCCGCUUCUCGCGCGGGCUGAUGCCGCGGGACUGGACGCUUGCGGGCCUCGACGAGGAAGAUCGACAGUCCUGCAAGGACCAUGCACUUGCCCGUGACAACGAAUCGAGAAAACACCUUCUAGGACUCGUGCUACACUCAGGAGCGUCGCCGGCGAGCGCAGGGCGGCACGCACCUGUGCACGACGCAUACCGGGCCGCGAGCACCUGGCUCGGGCACAUGAUCGCGGGCGUCUGGUCGGGAACGAAGACGAUGUCGUCGCCGCUGUCGCUGAACGCGCCCCAGAGCUCCUCGUUGAUCAGCCGCGCCGCCGACCACGGGCCGCGGGACCGAGCAACCAGCGGCGCCAUGCGGGCGCGGAACUCCGCGCGCAUCAUGUCCCUACGGGUGCAGACAGACGACAACACAACUUAG